AAUUCUUAUUGGUCAGCCGUCGAUAUACACACUCAGACUGUGCACAUGCUCCAGUAUGCAGAGAGAUAUGGCAGAUGGGGCCUCGGCCUGCAAUAGGCCGCACUGGCGACAACAGACAGAACCCUUCCCGAAGCACGGCCCUAUUCAUGUAGAAGUCAAGGGCACAUUAAUUACCGCCGCGAGAGGGUGCAUUUCUGAGCUCGCUUGAGAAGGCAGAAGACCCAACAGGGGUCGCGCGUCUUCAACAAACCUCUAUUCCUAGGAAACUGAAGUGCGGCCGGAUACAUUCGCGCUCUGGAUGAUUUUGUCGCGGGCAUCAUAUCUGCACCCGGGCGGCAGGGCGUUCCUCCAUCUCAAAGUGUUUCAGGUGCAACACUUGCUAGCCUGCCUUUGGAAUGGAAUGGAAUGGAGACGAGGGACGCUAGUGGCGCUCCGAGUUGUAAACUGCUAGACGCGCGCUGGUCCUCCUCCAUUCUGGUGCCUCUAUAAGAAGCUCAGCCGCCCAUCUUACGUCUGUCUGUCCCUCGCCCACCAUGCCCCGCUUCCGCCCUUACUUCUGGCUUGCCCUCGCGUGGCGCGCUGUCCUCGAGAGGUUCACGUCCCGCUGGCUGUGGCUUGCGAGCGAAGAGACGGGCGGCGCCGUGUCGUUGAACAUCAUCGUCGUCGGCGGAGGGAUCGGCGGCCUCGCGGCCGCCUAUUGCCUCGCAAGGGCAGGACACGCCGUGACUAUCCUCGAGCGCGCAGCCGCCGCGGGAGACGAUGUGGGCGCCGGGAUCCAGGUUUCUCCGAACUUUAGUCGACUGCUGAUCCGGUGGGGAUUGGGAGAAGAGUUGGCGGAAAAAGGGUGUGUGCCGGAGGGCAUCGCGUUUCUUCGGUAUUCCACGGGAGAGCGGGUCGGGGCCACGCGAUGGGGCAAACAGAUGGAGGCUGAUUACGGCGCGCCUUAUUAUCACAUCCACCGCGCCGACCUCCUGCGGAUGCUCACGCGCCUGUGCGCCCGCCGUGCGGCCCUGCGGCUGGACAGCCGGGUUGCUUCUGUCGAUCCAAUCACCGGCUCCGUGGUUCUCAGCUCAGGCGAGAUGCUUACCGCAGAUCUCAUCGUCGGGGCCGACGGGAUCAAGAGCGUCGUGCGCUCUGCGGUGCAGGGAGAAAAGCCUCCGCUGCAGACCGGCGACGCGGUGUACCGCGCGGUGAUCCCCACAGACGGGAUGCUGGGGGCAGACGGGUCUGCCAGCAUCCCGUCUGUGGGGAUCACCGCGCGGUACACCGCGUCGCCGGUCUGCAGCGGAGGCUUUUCUCCCUGCACCGCAGAGCGCACGACGCUCUUGAUCCCGUCGGCCCCGACGAUGAGAUCUGCG